CAAAAGCACAUUCAAACAUUCUCCUUCUUCUUCUUCUUCACAACCCAAAAUGGCCAAACUUUCCCUCCUCACAACCAAGACACUCAAAGCCACCAUGUACCUCUUGUAUCUAGCCAUCACCCUAGGAUGUGCCAACUCUGCCAGGAUCCUUGAUGAGGUGGACACACAACCCCCCAUCCUCCCUAAUCCAUCUCAAUUAUCCAAUCCUGCCACAACAACUGUCCCAAAUGUAACUCCAACAGUGGGUCCCACCACCACAUUGCCAAGCGGCCAAAUCCCUGCCACCACCACCGCUCCCACUACUGUAGUCGAUGACACUGACUCGCCACUACCUGAACCUGAAACUCCUGACGCAAACACCACACCCGUGGCACCCGUAGUUAGUCCAACUGUCGACCCAGUUGUUGACACACCACAACCCGAACCUGAAACUCCUGACAUAGACACCACACCUGUGGCACCUAUAGUCAAUCCAGUAGCCCAACCAAAUGUUCAAGUACCCAACACCAUUCCAACACCCGUAGUUGGCGUGGCACCUGUAACUAGUCCCACCACCACCACCGCCGCCGCCGCCACAUCUCCAACUGUACCAACUCCCGUUACCACCGCCACCUCAGCAACACCUGGCCCACAAAUUCCCCCACUAACCUUCUUCAUGCACGACGUCCUAGGAGGGACCCACCCAUCAGCCAGAGUGGUCACGGGGAUCAUAGCCAACACCCAAAUCAACGGCCUACCUUUCUCCAAACCCAACGACAACAUCUUCCCAGUCUCUGGAACGGUCCCACUAACAAACGAAAACCUCAACGGCCUCCUCAACAACAACAACAACCUCCCAUUCCUCGCAGGUCUCAACGGCAUUGGACCCCAAUCCUCCACCACCUUCCAAAACAGCGGCAACAACGCCAUCACCAACGGCGGAAACAGCCAGCCUUUUGUGACGGCAGGCCAGUUGCCAUCUGGGGCUUCGCUGCAAAAACUCAUGUUUGGAUUGUUAACUGUUUUCGACGACGAGUUAACCGAAGGACAGGAGCUGGGUUCAGCUGUGCUUGGUAAAGCUCAAGGCUUUUACUUGGCGAGCUCGUUGGAUGGGACGAGUCAGACCAUUGCUGUGACGGUGUUGCUUUCACAUGGUGGUGGUGGUGGUGCCGGUGGUCAACAACAUCAUGAUCAGACGGUGGUUGAGGAUGCGAUAAGUUUCUUUGGGGUGCAUCGGACGGCGUCGCACGAGUCUCAGAUAGCGGUGGUUGGUGGGACCGGGAAGUAUGAGAAUGCAAAAGGGUAUGCCACGUUGGGGUCGCUUCAUCAGGAGGAUCAGCACACCACGGACGGCGUGGAUACCAUCUUGGAGUUCAGUGUUUAUCUUUCUUAUUAGUAGUAUUACGGUAGUUUGUGGUUGUUGUUGAUUGGUGUGGCUGUUUUAGUGUCUGUGUCUGAAUUUCAAGUAUCUGUAUUUGUAUGAGAAUGUUGUUGUUUAUAUAUUAAAAGAAAGUUUGGAUCGUUUUGGGUAUC